UUUGGUGUUUCAAUAUAUAUUGAAUUCCACCUCAUACUUUAGAAAUAUUUUGUCCACUAGCUGGCACAUGAGGGUGAGGCCCAAAAACGCGAAUAUGAUAGGAUAUUGUAUCUUCCGCCAUUGAGUUCAGUAGCUCCUCCAUCAUAUAGUUUUGUAUGUAGUAUAUUCAGCCAUGCCCCUCUUUUCUUCUCCAAGCUCAAAAUGCUUUUGGAUAACAUUAAUAGUAUUUUCCCUAAGCUACUAUCUCUUAAUUGCAAAAUCAACCACAUUCCCAACAUCACCACCACCACCAAAACUAUGCAAUAAGAAUCCAUACAAACAACUCAACCUCGUAUUGAACAAAAACGGCAGCGUCAGGCGCGGAUCCAUGCCUCCAGAGAGCCCUCCUGCACCAGAUCCCAACCUCCCCACCAAGGUUCUCUCCAAAGACCUCCCCAUCAACAAAUCAAAGGGCACAUGGGCGAGGAUCUACCUACCCAGGGAAACACUGGAUCAGAACUCCAAGCUUCCGUUACUGGUGUUCUUCCACGGUGGCGGAUUCAUAUUCCUCAGCGCAUCAUCCACCAUUUUCCAUGAGUUUUGUUUCAACAUGGCAAACGACGUCGUUGCGGUUGUUGCGUCCAUUGAGUACCGUCUAGCACCGGAACAUAGACUCCCUGCAGCCUAUGAAGAUGCUGUGGAGGCGCUGCACUGGAUCAAAACUAAUCAGGAAGAAGAUGAUUGGCUGAGGUACUAUGCUGAUUUGUCCAAUGUGUUUUUAGUUGGUAGUAGUGCUGGGGGGAACAUAGCGUACAACGCAGGUCUACGUUUAGUCGCUACUGGUAGUCGUUAUGAUCUAGGAAUUCCCAAGAUCCAAGGGCUUAUAUUAAUUCAGCCUUAUUUUGGUGGGACCCAAAUGACCGGUUCAGAAAUGAGGCUGGCCAAUGAGCCUCAUUUAUCACUUUGUAAUAACUAUGCGUUGUGGGAAUUGUCGUUACCCGUUGGGGCUGACCGUGAUCAUGAGUAUUGUAAUCCGAUGGUGGGAGAUGGUCCUAAGAAAAUUGAAAUGAUUAGACGGCUUGGGUGGCGGGUACUGGUGACCGGAUGUGGCGGUGACCCACUUGUGGACCGUCAGAUGGAACUGGUGAGGGUGAUGGAGAUGAAAGGUGUGAAAGUGGUGGGGCAUUUCACAGCAGGGGAUUACCAUGGGGUGCAAGAUACUGAUACCUUCAAAGCCAAGCAACUAUAUGAGGUAGUGAAAAAUUUUAUUUCUAGUAGGUAUUGAUUGAUUAAUUAAUAAUGCCAACUAUAUGUCUAUGUAUGUGCUUUAUUAUUCUGAAUUAUGAUUAAUGUAGCAUAUGAUUAGUGCUUUUUGUUGCUUUAAUUGGAGUUGUCAAAUUAUAUUUGGUA